AUGGCGUACGCCCCUUCUCCGACGUUGUUGCGUACCGCUUCGCGCAUGGCGUGGAAGAAGCCGUCUUUCACGGAGGAGAUUGUGGAGGAGGUCUACCAGGGCGGGACCGUGAUGAGUCCGGCCAAGACGCCGACACCGACGACCCAGUCCCCAGCCAGCGCGAAGGAAGGCGUGCGCUGGUCCCCAACGCCUCAUGCUCACACCCCUAUCGAAGCCCUCAGCUUCGCCCCCGCUCUCCCCGGCUACAACGAAGGUGUCCCGGCUGCCGACUAUGCCGACCCUCGCGUGGCAACCAACGUUCCCAGCGGCUUAGCUGCCAGUGGCUUGGUCCCCGGCGGCUUGGCACCCAGCGGCUUGGCCCCCAGCGGCUUGGCCCCCAAUGGCCUAGCCUCCAGCAGCUUAGCUUCCCGUGGCUUGGCCCCCACUGGCUUAGCUCCGGGCGGCCAAUAUGGUGACCAGUAUGCGAGUCAAGCUUUCUACGCCACGGCUCGCCAGCCUCUGAUGCAGAGACAACCCUUAUCUACCACUCAACGAGUACUCGGUCAAUCGGCAGGAGGCCAGGUGCUCAUGGGAGGCCAGGCCCUGGUGGGAGACCAGUCCCUGGCGGGAGGCCAGUCCCUAACUGGAGGCAGUCGUUUUGUUCAUCGAGGGACAGAAUUAAAUCCUCGGAUCGGAGCGGAAAUGGCGGCGGAACUGCGGCCCAACCCGCUUGCGACCUUGCCCAGAUCUGCCAGCCACGUUCCCUAUACGACGCAGGUCAGCUACCAGUUGGGAGCGCAUCCGUCGGGUGUUCAUUCCGCAGUGGUACAGCCGACCUACGUCACAGGGGGCGGGAACGUGGCGAUCCCUGCGAGAUACGGCACCGUGGGCCGCGGCCGAAGCUCUAUAGCCCAUGGCACGCAGCUUGGCUACACGGCGUAUGCCCCGCAGGGCUACGGAUCGCAAGGCUACGGAUCGCAAGGCUACGACACGCAAGGCUACGGCACGCAAGGCUACGGCACGCAAAUUUACGGGGCACAGUCUAUUGGUGAGCACUUGGUGAGUCCGCGAGUUGCGCAGCAGCUAAUUACUCAACAGCCAGUGACUCAGCAGCUGGUUGCUUUGCAGCCUGUUACUCAGCAGCUACUUGCUCGUCACCCGGUGACUUUGGGGAACAGCACGGGCCCAAGUGCGCAUAGUGCCUCGGUAGUGGCCGUCCCUGCGGGUUCGGUGAUUGGCGAGUCGUGGGAAGAGAGGCGAGUGCGUGUGCCCCGAAAGGUCGUCCGGGAGGCUUUGGUCGAAGAAGACGCGGUGCUGCGCGAAAAAGUGGUGGAGGUUGCGCGUCCGAUAGUGGAGGAGCGAGUGGUGGAAGUUCCGGAGAUUCAGUACGUGGAGGAGUUAGUACAGGUGCCGGAGGUGGUGUAUAAAGAGCGCGUGGUCCAGGGUCCGGAGGUGGAUGUUCAGGAGCGGCCGGUAUACAUACCCAAGACUGAAUAUGUGGACCGCGUGGUGGAGGUACCGACAGUUAACUACCGGGAAGUACCCGUACGGAAGGUCGUACGGGUGCCAGUCAAGGAGGAGCAGGUACGGGUGAAAGAAGUACCUGUGCCUGUUAUAAGCGAAACCACUCAAGACAUUGUUACAAAGGUCGACCGGCCAUAUGAGGUGCCAGUUAUCCACCCGUUGCCUUUCGAAGUCAAGACUACCCUACACCAACGACUUCCUCAGCUGGUGGCCCAGCCUGGACACACUCACGAGUACAAUGUUUAUUUACCGAGAGUUAAUGAGGUACCCGUCAACCGGCAUCUAGUCAGCGACGCCACUGCGGAACAAAUAGAACGCGAAAGAGAGCGACUGUUCUCUUGCCUCCAGAACGGCAUGGAUGCGCAUACGCUCGUUAGGGAGCUAGACCUGCAUAAGGCUGAAAACAGAGUGGAAGAAACCAUUGUCGAAAUACAACAAUGGGGCAAAGAUAACCUCACUCAAAACUACCCCCGGAUUGCCAGGGCCCAAGGGACCGGACUCACCGCACCCGUCGCAGAGAGCCCUACGGAAGUAUACUCACAAGCCGCCGGAGGAAUGCACAUGGGAGGAAUGCACAUGGGAGGAAUGCAGGCUGGGGCAAUACGCUCUCGACGCGCCGACCAAAACCGGUACAGGCCCACCAGGUUACGCAGACUAAGAACUACCCCGCGGAGGUAUCAGCACGCGAGCUCCGUCGAUUCAUUCAAAAACAGGACGGCCAACGACUGCUCGUUUUUCGGCGCGCCCCUACUGGACCGAAUUUUCGGCCAACGCAGAUACCGCUCCGACCAGGACUCGGGGGAUGUUGGCUCUUGGGACAGCCAGCACUGGGAUAACACCCCUCUGUACUACAAGUCCGGUGCAGUUGACGCGAACCCGUCCGUCUGGAGCUACAUAGUUAAACAGCAUCCGGACUUUUACAAUUGA